AGAUGACUUGAGAUAAGUUAAAUGCGAUCUGCCUUGGCAGGGCAGUCUUCAGACCCACUGCGGUGAAAACCAUCUCCGUCUACAAAGGCCAGCUUUAACUAACACCCUGUCCGAUAAACCCAGCAACAGACAUCGAGCAAAGGAAAGAGUGUAAGGAUAGCCAGCCAGAGAAAAGUUCUGCAAGUCUGUUUGUUCAAGCAGCCCAAGUUUCACAAUCCUUUGGCUAAAAUUAAUGUACGUUAUCUGCCCUGCACGGCGUUAUACAAACGUUUAAAACGCGUUUGAGCUCAAAGAAGUAGUAAAUGACGGCAGAAGUUCAACAGCCUCCAUCCCACACCCCCGCACAGAGCAGUCCUAUGUCUACAACAACGGAGAAAAGCGUCAGCCAGCCUCCAGGAAUGGAUGCCGCCAAUGGGGUCACAAAAACCAAGAAAACCAACGCAGGAAUAAGACGUCCCGAGAAACCACCCUACUCCUACAUCGCACUCAUAGUGAUGGCCAUUCAAAGUUCUCCUACCAAACGACUGACUUUAAGUGAGAUUUAUCAGUUCUUACAGAGUCGUUUUCCUUUUUUCAGAGGCUCUUACCAAGGAUGGAAGAAUUCGGUGCGUCACAAUCUAUCUUUAAACGAGUGCUUUAUAAAGCUGCCUAAAGGACUUGGAAGGCCAGGCAAGGGGCAUUAUUGGACCAUUGAUCCAGCCAGUGAAUUUAUGUUUGAGGAGGGCUCUUUUAGGAGAAGACCUAGGGGCUUUCGAAGGAAGUGUCAAGCGCUGAAGCCCAUGUACAGUAUGAUGAAUGGAUUGGGUUUCAAUCAUCUUCCUGACACUUACGGUUUUCAAGGAUCUAGUGGGGGAAUCUCCUGUCCUUCAAACAGCCUAUCUCUCGACACUGGCCUUGGUAUGAUGAACGGACACUUGCCUAGUAAUGUGGACGGGAUGGGUUUGGCGGGCCAUUCGGUGUCCCACCUAUCUGCCAAUAGUGGACAUUCAUAUAUGGGAAGUUGCACGGGGUCUUCAGGAGGGGAUUACGGCCACCAUGAGAGUCCGCUGCCAGCCUCACCUCUUCUGACAGCCGGAGGAGUGAUGGAGCCCCACUCAGUGUACUCCAGCUCCGCAUCUGCUUGGCCUCCCACUGCCUCAGCAGCCCUCAACAGCGGAACUUCUUAUAUCAAACAGCAGCCUCUUUCGCCCUGCAAUCCGUCAGCAAAUCCUCUUUCAUCCAGCCUACCAACACACUCUUUAGACCAAUCGUACCUUCAUCAAAAUGGCCACAAUACAGCGGAGUUGCAAGGUAUUCCAAGAUAUCACUCGCAAUCUCCAAGCAUGUGUGACAGAAAGGAAUUUGUCUUUUCAUUCAACACAAUGGCAGCGUCUUCCAUGCACUCGGGCAGUGGAUCUUACUACCAUCAGCAGGUUAGCUACCAGGAUAUCAAACCAUGUGUCAUGUGAUGCUAGGCAGAGGGAAACAAUUCUAAGAAAGAUCUCGAAAAAGCGAGUGCAACCCGGAGGAAUAAAGAAUGGCCCAGCCGUUUGUGAUCUCAUGAAGGACCUCCGUUUUCGUUACACAGACAGAGGUAUACAAAUCAAUGUAGGGGGAAAAAGCUGAGUUUUGGUAAUGUCCGGACUUCUCUCGGAGACAUAGGUAUAAUAAAUACAAACUGUAUUCCCUUUAGAAAGUGUCAAGCUUAACACUUGGAACGUUUGCGAAACAGAGGUAUGGCAGAAAUUAAGAGGUGUUACUGUAAAUGCAUAUUUUUGUAAAUCUCUUUUAUAAGUAAAAAUAAUGUUAUUGUUAUUCCUUUACUGUGAGUGCAUGUAUGUGGAGAGAUGUAUGAAACUGUUUAUCAGUGUUUGGGAUGUUUAGGACAGUCCACCUAUUACAAUAGCUAAUGACUACUUUAUUUUAUUUACAGACGAUCUUAACAUUUUCUGUUAUGUACUCUGGAGCAGGGACAAAUAAUUAAAGGCAGCUACGUGUGAUUCCUUGAUAGCCAUUGUGCUACAUUUAUUAUUGCUAAUUGCAAUAUCUGCCUUCAUUAAGUGUCCCUUUACAUUCAUUCCCUAUUAUUUCAUACAGUCACUGGCCCCUUCAAGUUUCUUGAUGUAAUUGCAAGUAAACUUUCACUCUAAAUGAUUAGUAGUGGGUAAACUUGUUAACAUAACUGUAAGUUGUAUAUCUCUCUAAAUGUAUGUGCAGGUAUAGUGCAGCUGACAACUAUGCAAAUAACCUAUUGGUUUUCCAAUUUUAGCCUAGACAUGAGAGAACUACAGAAAAAAGGCACUUUUAAUUAAGUAAUAAAAUACAUCUGUUAUUUAUUCUAUUUUGAUGAUAGUAAUCAUAAGACACCGCAGGGCAUCAAACUAUCAGUAUUAGAAUGGUGUACGUAGUUGGCAAUAUUUGCCAUUUCAUUUUUUAACUCGAAGUCAAUGUAAAUUUAAAAAAAAACAGGAAGUUAAUCUAAGUUAAACAGGAUCUUUUUUGCUCUAUGUAGAUGUUUAUGUAUAUAUAUACAUAUAUAUAUAAAAAAGAACGAUGUUUUGUAUUUUGGCUGGUUUCAAGCAGCAUUUAAGACACUAUGUUUACUUAUUUUUCUGCACUGUAUAAAAUGUAAUUAAAAUUUUGACCUGCAUUGUAGAUAUGCAAAACUGUCUAAAUAAUGAUGCAUUAUUUGUAAAUAGGCUACAUAACAUUGUAGAAGAAUCAAUAAGGCAUGCAGAAAAAUAAACUGAAAACAGAAUCAGA